GCGAAACAAAGUAACCCGAUUGUCAGUUGUUGAAUACAGUUCGGUCACAAAACACACAGAAUAUUUUUCCAGAUACAAUGAGUAUAAAAUUAAGAAAGACAUCGGCCAUGGACACAGAAGAAGACGACUCUGACGAGGAGGAAGCUGAGGGCCCCGAUGAAAACGAAGAUCAUAAUAUGAUACGCUUUGGCGUCAUAGCCGAUGAAGAAAUUACCAUUGGCCUAUUGCUCACUGGCGUCGGUUAUUGUCGUGAUAACUUUCGCAACUACCUUAUAGUUGAUCGUGACACAAAGCUCGAUGAAGUGGAGAAUUUCUUCUACGCCCUGUAUAGACGACCUUGCAUUGGACUCAUACUGAUCGACUAUCUGACCGCGAAGCGUUUGCAUCACGUCUUGGACAAGUGCAAGAAAGUGCUGCCCGUAAUCGUAAUUCUGCCCACCAAGGGAUGCAUAAUCUCCUAUAUGGAGGAGAAGGAGCGACAGCGGCGCCAACGGCAGCGAGAUCUUUCGUAUUUGUAAUAAUUGAAUUGGCCAAUAAUAAACUCUAGUAUCUGGA